AGAGUUUGCUUUAAUAACUAUUAUUCGUUGUGAGUUAAUACAGUACGUGUGAGUUUAUAAAAAUUCUCAACAAGAUAACUUUCCCAAAGUAACUUUCCCAAGAGAAGGAAAACUUGCGAUAAAACAAAAGAAAUUGGGUCGCAGCCAUGAAAUCUGUGAUCGCGCUACAACAGUUUAAGAAAUGUAUCAUUUUAUUUACGGUGGGCAUUCUAUGUAGUUCUUUAACUUACAUAAUUUAUACUGUGGAUCCCAUAAAGCUGUUAAUAGAUUAUAAUUUACAAAUGACACCGCACUCUUUGCUCUUCUCCAUGUGGAAGAAACCACCUCUUGCUGUUUAUUUAAAUCUGUACAUAUUUAACAUUACUAAUCCAGUAGAGUUUCUAAGCGGCAAGGAGAAGCUCAAAGUCCAAGAGAUUGGACCAUAUGUUUAUCAAGAAUUCCUCGAACACGAUAACAUUACAUUUAAUGAUAAUGGCACUAUGACUUACAUCCCGAGAAGAAGAAUAGUUUACGUACCCGAAAUGUCAAUCAACAAUCCUGAAAACGACAUAGUUAAUGUCCCAAAUUUAAUUUAUUUGGGUGCCUCAUCCGCUUUGCAUGAUGCCGGAUUUUUAGUGAACUUUCCUUUCGUACAGCUGGCAAACAUGAUGGAUGCAAAACCAUUCCUGAAUAUCUCGGUGUAUGAUUAUUUGUGUUAUGACGAUUUAUUAAUAACAUUGGCCAGUGGAAUCUUGCCAAACUUCAUUAACUUUCAAAAGUUAGGACUUCUAGACCGGAUGUAUGACGAAGGGGAAAAUAUCGUGACGAUAAUUACGCAAAAAAAUGCUGAUAUGAGGAAUGAGAAAGGACGAUAUCUCAGCAUUGAUAAGUUCAAUGGUAGUCCUGGAUUAGCAAAAUGGGGAUAUAUUGAAACAGAAGGCAAUGAGACUCAAGAAGGAAAUUCAAUUUGCAACACACUUCAAGGAGCCACAGAAGGUAUCAUAUUCCCAUCCAACAUAGAUAAGCGUGCCAUUUUCAGAAUAUUCAGGAAAGCGUUUUGUCGAGCGCUACCGAUUAUGUACAGGAAAGAAGUUACAUCGAAAGAUGGCAUUCCAGGAUAUCUUUACACUCUCACAGAUGAUUUUGCUGAUCCGCCAGAUCAAAAUCCGGACAACAAAUGCUAUUGCCGCGGGAUGAAGACCUGUCUGAAAAAAGGACUGAUUGAUCUAACACCUUGCUACUACAAUAUCCCGGCAGCAGUAUCUCUUCCACAUUUUCUUGAUGCUGAUCCGAGUUUGCUAGAGGAUAUAGAAGGUCUCAAACCGGAUCGAAAGAAGCAUGAAUCUUUCGUAAUAUUGCAACAAAUAAUGGGUGUACCCAUACAUGUGCACUCGAGGAUACAGACAAAUUUAGUAAUGCAUCCCAUACGCUACAACUCCAAAAUUGCAGUUUUUAAUGGCAUCACAAUACCUUUAUUUUGGUCUGAUAUGCAUAUUUCGUCUUUACCGACCUAUGUGGUGAUUAUAUUUAAAUUAUUGUAUAUACUACCAGUCGCACAGACGAUAUUGAUAUAUAUGCUUGGUAUUGUCGGAGUGACAAUGAUAAUGUUAUCGUUGACAUUCACUUUAUGGAUUUUCUAUAAGCAACAACAGAAGCAAGAACAAGAGGCAAUUAGGAAUGCCGAUAAUUCCGAUUUGAGAAUACCUUUGUGUAAUGGUCAAUAUACUUCGAUAAAUAUUUUACCAUCGAUUAAGAAGAUCACAUCAAAGACGGAUUUGUUUACAGUGGAAUCUCCGUGUUCUUAAUAGUUCUAUAUUUUAUGUGUUUAUAUUAUUAAUAUUUUGAAUUGCAUAUUUUUUUAAUAUCUUUUG